CCUGCUGCUGCUACUGACCGACCUGCUGCUGCGCAGAGCCAUGCCGGGGCGGCCCGCACCCACAGGCCCACAGGCUUCCAUGAAUUGCCCGCAGGAGGAUAGGAGUGCCAAGGAAGCCCGAGGCCCCAUGCCGCCUCCCUCAUAAACGCGUCCCCGUCAAACCCGCGCCACUGUUGCCUUCCUCCUUGCCGGUCCGAGUGCGGCCGCGGCGGCCGGCCCCGCCAGGAGUACAGCGGAAGCCAGCCACCACUCCCUCAUUCCUUUUUCCCACCCCAUUCCUUCCGCUCCAAGCUCGAUCGUCGUCUCCAGACCAGACCGGAGCAGCUUCUUCCUAGCUCGCCCGGUUCCUCAUACUAUAAGUACACGCGCAUCCAGCCGCUGGCCUUCGCCCACCACCACCUUCGCAGCCAUAGCUUCUCUGCUGUUCUGCUAGCUUACCAUCAGCAGACACCCCAAGCUUUCAUCUCGGCUUCUAGCUGCUUAGCCUCUCCUUUGCCUGCGGCGGCGUGUGCGUGUGCGUGUGCGUGUGAGAGAGACCGGCGAGGAGGCCAUGGAGCACAAGGCCAGGCGGCGGCACGUGCCGGCGUUCGGGGAGUGGAACUACUACUCCUCCUCGUCCUCCCCGGAGGAGCCGCAGCUGCCGCACUCGGCGGCGGGGGACUCCGCCUGGUGGUACGCGGCGGCGGAGCCGGAGGCCUGCAGCGACGCGUGGUUCCGGUACUCGCCGCCCCCGCGCAGGCCGCCGGCGCCCAAGAAGGCGCGGAGGCCGGCGCCGGCGGAUCAGCGUAAGCUGCCGGCGCGCUGCGACUACGGCGACGGCGCCAGGAACGGGGCCGUGAGCGCGCCGGCGGCGGAGGCCCGGGCGAGGGCGCCCCGCGCCGUGGCGGCGCCGGCCAAGGGCGCCGCCCGCAGGGUGGUCAGGCCCGUCGACGCCGACCUGUACCGGGUGCCGCCGCCGGACGACGCCGUCGUCUCCCGCCGGCCGAGACGGAAGAGGGCGGCGAGGAGCCUCUGGAUGGGUUGCUUGGGCGGCUUCAACUGCGUCGCCUGAACCUGAAGAAGCACCAACGCCGCUGCGCCGGCUGAAAAGAUGCAACACCCGGAGAGCCAAGCCGUUAUGGAAUCUGGAACGUCGGUCAUGAACUAGUAGUAGUUGUAGUUGUAGCCGUGCUCUGUUCUUGUUUGCUUGCCAUGCCAUUGAUCUUCGGAUCGACUUCAUUAGGAUCUGUGGGCAACUUCAUUAGGCGCUUGGUAGUCACUA